AUAUCACACAGUUAAACAAACACACACAUACACACACACACGUUCUCCGUGUGUUUUCUGUUUGUUCCUCUUCGGCUCCCAGCUGACCAUAGCCCCUGUACGGACUAACUCUGGAGGGCGUGUUCACUGCGUUUACUCUGCACACAGACUUCGAUACACACACACACACUCACACACACACACACCCAGACACACCGCACACAGGACAACUCUUUACCUAACUUUUGAACGAAUGGAACUGGCGGAAGCUGUAAAGUAAGGUGCCCGGCUGUAAAAGCUAUAGAGUACUCGUUGCAUGAUAUCCUGUUUGCCAAACUCCUAACCGCUUGGGCAGGAGAAUCGUUGUGCGCAUGCUUUAAUUACUGAAAGGGAUGGAGGAAAAGCAGGCUGACUCUUCUCUUGACUUGAGUCACCUGACAGAAGACGAGCAGACCACGAUCCUGCAGGUCUUACAACGUGACUCGGAGUUGCGCCGUCUUGAUGAAGGACGUGUAAGGAACCUCCAGGAGAAAGAGAAAGAUCCAGUACGUCUGCGUUACCUGUCUGGGGAGUGGUUCCACGAGCAGUGCAGAAAACGCCACCACACCUGGUCAGCCAGCGCUCUCGUCCACGCCACCAUACGCCACAGGAAGACAAAGACCAGAGAUGUGCCCCUGACUGGACUGUUCAAUGGCGAGACAGAGGAAACCUCCCACAACAACAACACCUUGCCUGAGGCUGAGAGAAGACUGAAGGACAGCAAAGAUGAUGAGAGUGGAGGGUGCGAAGGAGGUUUGAUACCUACACCUACACCCAGAACAAAAAGUCCCAUAGCACAGAAACUCACGUAUAGAAAUAGUUCAUCCACAUCAUCCAAAGAGAUGGAAAGGAGAAGUAAUGGCCACUCUGAGGAACCUGAGGAAUACCUUGACAGUCACAAUGGGGACACUGACUCUCUAGGCAGCAGCCUGACAGAGCCUUAUACAGCUUCUCUGAAAACCAGCUCCACUGGCAGCCUUCAUUCAAGCUAUACGCUCAGUGGAAGCAUGAUGAGUCUGUUCAGCUCGGGGGAUUUUGGACUGGUGGAGGUGAGGGGCCGUAUCCAAUUCUCAUUGGUUUACGACACCCAGAAGGAGGAGCUGCAUGUUAAAGUGUUUUGCUGCGAGGACAUCGCUGCCGCACGCAAGAACCGCUCUGACCCAUAUGUAAAAACCUAUCUCCUUCCGGACAAGUCGAGUCAGAGUAAGAAGAAAACGUCAGUGAAGAAGAAGACACUAAACCCAGUCUAUGACCAGACGCUCCGAUACAAAUUGCAUAUCGGAGAGCUGCGGAGUCGGACCUUGAACAUGUCUGUGUGGCAUGCAGAGCACCUUGGAAGGAACGUGUUUCUAGGGGAGGUGGAGGUGUCUCUGGGUCUCUGGGACUGGACCUACACUCAGCCACUGUGGCAAGACCUGCAGCCACGGGUUCAUCUGAGUCCAGAAUCUAUCAGCUGUCGUGGGACCAUUGUGCUCUCAAUUAAGUUCAUCCCAGAUGGAUUUGAGGGUGGUGGUCUGCCUCUGACAGGAGAGCUUCACAUCUGGCUUCGGGAGGCUAAAGGUCUCCUGACCACUAAAGGGGGGCCUGUAGACUCCUUUGUUAGAAGCUAUAUACUCCCUGAUGCUAGUCGGCAGAGUGGUCAGAAGACACGGAUGGUGAAGCACUCUAUCAGUCCUACAUACAACCACACCAUGGUGUAUGAUGGCUUCCACACCAGUGACCUGAGAGAGGCCUGUGCUGAGCUGACUGUCUGGCAUCGCGAAAUGGGAGGGUUAAAGACUCAUAAGCUAGGAGGGAUUCGUCUGAGCAGUGGAACUGGUCAGAGUUAUGGGGAGGCCGUCACCUGGAUGGACUCCACAGAUGAAGAGGUUGCUGUGUGGGCCUCCAUGAUCGAAAACCCAAACCACUGGAUCGACACAGCACUACCGAUCAGAACUAACCUUGCACAUCGGUCUGAGUAACACACUAUGAAAAAAAUAAAUAAACACACAUUGAUAUGCAUGUUCAUGGCUGGACUAAAAGGACAGCCUCAGCACAUUUAACCUCUCAAUGAUAUAUGCAUACACUGUUUAUUCUUGUUUUUCAUGCAAACACACACAGAGAGGAAGCAGUAGUGGUGCAAUAUUGUAAAUUACUGGUGUAGAAGAAAUAUUUAGUUUUAAAACCAAACCUGUCUUCAUUUCAAAUGUUUUACUUGUAUGUUUUGGUUUAGUUAAGUGCAUUUGUAAUCCAUUGCAGUUUAUUAAUUAAACAUCAAACCUGAACUGA